AUGAGCUGCUUUGGUUGUUGUGGCGGUGACGAUUUUCGUAGAGUUGUUGAAACUGGUCCAAAGCCUGUGUACGCGCAGCAGGGUUCGAAAUCCUUGAUUGGUGAGGGCUCUUAUGGAAGAGUGUUUUAUGGUGUUCUUAGAAGCGGUAAGGCAGCUGCCAUUAAGAAACUUGAUUCCAGUAAACAACCGGAUCAAGAGUUUCUCUCCCAGGUAUCAAUGGUUUCGAGAUUGAGACAAGACAAUGUUGUUGCACUUCUGGCUAAUUGCGUUGAUGGACCACUCCGUGUUCUUGCUUAUGAAUUUGCUCCUAAUGGAUCUCUUCAUGAUAUUCUUCAUGGUCCGAAAGGAGUGAGAGGAGCACAGCCAGGUCAUGUUAUGUCGUGGAACCAGCGAAUUAAAAUUGCUGUUGGUGCGGCUAGGGGACUUGAGGGACUUGAGUACUUGCAUGAGAAGGCAAACCCUCAUGUUGUCCACCGAGACAUCAAAUCCAGCAAUGUGCUUUUGUUUGAUGAUGAUGUUGCCAAGAUUUAUGAUUUCGAUCUCUCCAACCAAGACCCUGACAUGGCUGCACGCCUUCACUCAACUCAUGUGCUGGAAACCUUUGGUUAUCAUGCUCCAGAGGAAGCCCUAAUCCAUAAAUACGCGAAGGAAGAUGAUCUCUUCUUCUGCAUUUCUUGA